AUGAAGAGAACCAACACCGUCCAGCGCAGCUCGUUCGACUUUCCCGGACCUCGAGCAGUACGUUUCGAAUUCCUCGAGCAAGAUACCAUCCAAAUCACCAUUCCCCCAACUAGCGACUGGCGAAUGCCUGAGUACUGGAACUACCAACAUCUCGACGCUCGGCAAAUUACCAGCCUCAGCGGUCUCAUCGUCGUAUCCGUUGGAUCGAUCCACCACUCAGGCGGGGGAGGUCGCUAUACUUCAGCUGGAGUCACGUUGAAUUUCCAGACAAAGGAAAGGUAUAGCUGGGGCCCAACCUCCGAGCAGAAGAAGACGGGUGGCGAUCUAGUCGUGCUGUUGAUCGCUAACGAAGCCCUCCAUCGAAAUGUCUACAGCGCGGAGCUGGACCGCGAGAGAUUCCCUCGUUUGGAUUCUACACCUCUCUGGCUGAGAGGCGUCUUCUCGUUCCUCUCGAAGACUUCUCCAAGAAGCUACGAGCGUCUCCUUUCCUUGACUUCGAGAAUCCAGCGGACUAUGACACUGUAUGCUCACGAUUACCACGAGGAUCAUGGACGGAUCUGGUUUAGUCGGCUAAGGCUUUCCAUUCUUCCUAUAGACCCUGUGCCACGAUGGGUGCACGAUUGGGAAACGAGAAGCAUGAUUUGGAUAUCGAAAACGGUGGGCUCGGGAUGUUAUUGGGUAGGAAAAUUGCUUCUAGGGAUGAAUGACUAUUAUGCGGAAUAUACGCCGUCGGCGGKGAGGAAAGCGAUGGCUGAGAUUGUGCAGACUUAUGAGAAGUAA